ACACACCCAACGUGACACCACACCCACGAGGUUGCUACGUGUACGUUCAAGGGGGAGGGGCACGUAAGUAACAAAAAAAAAAGAAGGAAAGGAGAGCGAAGCUAUUUUAUUUCAACAUCUUUAUAGAAAGUCUAAAGUCAACAGUUUGGAGUCAUGCCUAUACGUCGUGCAGCUGGGACUCCACCCCAGGAGACACCCCCCUUGGCUGCACCAGAUGGAGAGCCUGAUGCCAGCUCUGAGGAAUCUGCCUCUGUUGAGGAGGAGCAGGAGGUAGCACCCGCAGCCCCAGUAGCCAAGAAGGGGGAGGGUCAAGGAGAAUGUGAGGGCACAGGUGAAGGAGACCCAAAAGAGAAUGGUGAGAAACCUGAUGAAUCGACUGGAAAGAAGACUGAGGAGAAGAAGACUGAGGGGGAAGAGGCUGAGAAGGAAGAGAAAGAUGGAGUGAAAGAGAAAGUCAAGAAGCCUAUUAAAAGGACCAUUCCUGCCUGGGCCACCAUGUCUGCCAGCAAACGUGCAACGCUCACUAAUAAGAGCACCUCCACCAUGCAGCCGCCUAGGAUGGACGACAUCCUCAUUGAGGCUAUUGAGUCCUGCAAGGAGAAGACUGGGGCCUCAGCCCAUUCUGUCAUGAAGUACAUUGUGAAGAAAUACCCUAACCUGGAGUUGGACAAGAGGAAAUUCCUUCUCAAGAAGGCUCUCAAGAGGCAGCUGGAGAAGGGCACCGUCAAACAGCUGAAGGGUAAAGGCCUUUCUGGAAGCUUUACCAUUGGGAAGCAGCCCCCUAAUAAAUCCACUGCUAAAGGGAAGCCGAUGGCAGUAGCUCCUGGGUUGAAGGCAGAGACCCUUGGGGAUGCUCUGCCCCUGAUCAUCACACGGCUAUGUGAGCCCAAAGAGGCGUCUUACAUUCUGAUCAAGAAAUAUGUGGAGCAGCACUUCCCUCAACUCAACGUGGAGCAUCGGCCGGAUAUCCUAAAGAGUGGCCUGGUGAGAGCUGUGGACAAGGGUCAACUGGAGCAGAUCACAGGAAAAGGUGCCUCUGGAACAUUCCAGCUGAAGCGGGAAGGGGGCAAGUUCCUGCUUAAAGGUGGGCCCCUGGAGGAUGCUAUCAUGACGGCCAUCGUGGCCAUGAACGAACCCAAGACUUGCAGUACCACCACACUCCGCAAAUUCCUGUUAGAGACAAACAAGGACAGCAUGGAGUACCGUGUGGUGAACAGCCUAAAGAGGACACUGCAGAAGUGUAAAAUGAUGGGCUGGAUGGAGCAGAUCACUGGGAAUGGGCUAAAUGGGACCUACCAGCUCUGCUACCCUUACCACCCCAGCCCAGCCAUUCUGUUCCCAGAAAAACAGAAGGUGAAAGAGCAGAAAAUGGCAGAGAAGGCUAAACGCAGAAAGAUGGUUGACUCGUCUGAUGAGGAGGAAGAGGAGUCGUCUGAGGAGGAUGAGGAGUCAGAUGAUGAACCCCCUCCUAAGAGGAAAGCUGUGAAGCGGCCACCACCUAAAGCACGUCGCCCUCCCCCCAGCAAGAAGUCACAGCCGGCAAGUCAGUCAAGGGCUAAGGGCAAGAAAAGAGCUGCCCCUGCUAAGAGAUCUGCACCCCCAGUCAAGAAACCAGCACCCCAAGCUAAAAAAGCAGCACCCCCAGCCAAGAAGCCUGCUCCCCUAGCGAGGAAACCAGUGCCACCAACAAACAAACCAGUGCCCCCGGUUAAGAAACCUGCAGCUGCCAGUAAAGCUGUAGCCUCAAAGAAGACUCCCCCACCAGCUACGGCGGCACCCACACCAGUCAAGAAAGCUGCUCCAGCGAGCAAGCCCAAAACACCCAUUGUCAAAAAGCUGACAAGCAGGGCAUCAAAGCGCCCAGUGCCCAAAAAGUCACCACCUGCGAAGAAGGAAGCGGCCAAAUCUGCAGUGAAGGCCAAGCCAGCAGCCCGCAAGUCCCUGAGGGAGCGGAAGUGAGCUCACUAUUGACCAGUAGUGGAAGUUUAACUGUAGCUCUGAAGACUGCAGUGCUCUGCCUCUAGCCAUGCUCUCUUUCGCAUCAUUGUUUUCUCCCUGUUUGGGGCUCUAGGAUUCUUCUCUGUAGGAUAGGGAUGUGACAGUUAUCAGUUCAUGUCAAUUUACUGUACUUUGAACUGUUACAUUUCUGUGAACCCAACCUCUGAACACCAUUGUGUAGAAAGUCCUCUUCAAAUACUGUAAAAUUGCCUAGGUAUUGAAUUGUGAAAUGUCACAAUUUCCCUCACACACUUGUGUAUAUGCAGAGAUCUAACAAAAUCAAAGUGACUUGUCUUUUAAUUUUAACAUUUAAUCCCAAUCCACUUUCCCAUGUUUUAGCUUGACACAUUCCUUGUAUAAAAAUAUAGAAUUCUCUACAUUUAAUCUGGAGUAAAUUUUCAAAUCUUAAAGAAUAUUGAGAUUUAUGUAAGUGAAUUUGAGAGCAUGAGAAUUUUUCAUGUAAUGAAUUGUGUUAUUUAAAUUACAUUUCCUUGAUCAGUUGCAGGGCCCAUGGUUAAAAUAAUUAAUUUGAUUGGAGACUGACAUAAGGAAGCAAUUUGUCAUUGUUAUAUUCAGUACUACUGCAUAAUAUUAGGGGAAUAUUUUUUUAAAGUGCGUAACUAAUGAACGUUCAUUUUAUCAUAUAAAGCUAAAAAUAAAAUAAAAAGAUACAAAAUCGUCUACAUUCUGUGUAAUAAUACAAGAUUUGAAGAAACUUCAUUUUGAAGGUGUGGCUCAUGCAUACCUUGCAUGCGUGUACUCUUUAUGUUAUGCUUUUUUCCAAGUCGUUAUUAAAAUUGCUAUUUGUACUAAA